CCUACUUCUCUACUUGUAAACAACGUUUACGUAACGCUUGAAAACGCUUGGAACUUUGAAAGCGAUACAGCUUGUCUGAGCUUGUCCUCAUCGCGUUUGUGUGCUAGAAAAAUGUCCACCUCGGACAGCGAUUUAACGCCUGGGGACGAGAAGCGCCCCAAACUGGACGCAAACGUAAGCGAAAGUGCGGAAGGAAGAGAACCUGUGGAGCAUUGUUACGUUUGCGAUGAUCUGAUCACCGGCAAGAAAUACCCCAUCGCUAACUGUCUGACGAACACUACUAAAUCCCGUCUGAUUGAAAUCCUGGGAAGACUUGUCAGUGAAAAGUAUGUGGUGGUUGUCUCAAACAUCGACAAAAUUUGCAGAACCUGUGCAAAUUUGCUGAAUAACUUGGAUAGACUAGAAAGUGAGCUGAUGACAACCAAGCAAACGGUGCUUGGUUCUAUUGAGAAGAAGUACAACCUGCAUGAUGAUGACUUGUACAGCCGAACCAUGCCUAAGUCAGUGGUAUUCGGAAACACGCAAAAUUUAAAUUCCACCUACGACGGCACUGGACACAAACUCGGCCAUGAAUCUGUUGUGGGAAAACCAUUUAAAGGAAAAUCUGUUUUGCCACCACAAAAGCCAACAGCUCCUGCCAAGCCAAUCACACCGACAACCUCAGCAGCAGCACCAGCAGCAGCAGUGCCACCUGCGAAACCGCCAACCCGAACUAUGCCUAAAAAUGUAUUAAUGCAGUGCAAUCAAUGUCAAUACACCACAAAUCAGAGACCAGUGAUGUUGGAGCAUCUAAGGCAACACAAAGCCGAGCAGGAAGAGAAAAAAGAAGGAAACGGAGAAAAUAAAUCUGAUGAGAAUCCUAAAGCGUCUCAGCAGCCAGAAGAUACAGAACACACUGACAACGAGGCCACAAGCGAACUUGAGUAGAUUUUUUUCUUAUAUUGUGUAUAAUGUAUAAUAGUAGAGGAAUUCAAUCAUUUUUUUCAAUAAAUAUCCAAAAAGAUUUUCCAACAAUAU